UGUUGAUGAAACACAGGACUUGCAGUCAUGGCCAAUGUUGAUCCCACGGGUGUGUUGAGUGCGCUUGUUUCUGCAGCUGUCAACGAAGUGAUUGGGCUCUCCAAGUCUGGCAUUCAUUGCAAGGAGAAGUGCAGCGAUUUGGAGGAUUCUUUGACCGAAGCAUCAGCUCUGCUGGGUGAACUGAACAGGUAUUCGGGCUCUUUGAGCUCCUCACAUUUGAAUACCUGGCUAAAAGCCCUCAAAACCAAGGUUGAAGAGGCUAAAUCUCUUGUUCUUGAGUGCCAGUCCCUACAAAAUCCCAUUCUAGAUUUCCCAAAGAGGAUAACACUUGCUACCAAGAUUGACCAGUGCUCCAAGGCGAUUCACGGGCACUUGGCUGCAGCUUCUCGGCAUCUUGGCGUUGAGCUUCUGCAGAGAGUUGCAUUGAAGAAGCAAAAGGAGGUGCCCUCUAAUGUGGUUCCAAAGGAAGAACAGCAUGUUGUUCCUCUGGAUGAGCACAUUUUUGGUAUGGAAGAGAUGCUGGAGCGGGUUGUAUCAGACUUGCUGGGGUCCCCUGUAAGCAGCAAGUGGGUUGGAGUUCAUGGAGUAGGAGGUGCUGGAAAAACACUCUUGGCCAAACGAGUAUGUGAAAACCACCAAGUCAAGGAGCAUUUCGAUCCAGUUUUGUGGCUAACAUUCGGUCAGACAUGUCAGGUGGAAGCAAAACAAGCCGAACUUGCCAAUCAAAUCAGACUAGAAAGUCGGAUUAGCAAUGAAACACUGAGGAGGGGGCUUGCAGGAAAGAGGUGCUUGAUGGUGUUGGAUGAUGUCUGGACAUCUGGCGAUCUUUUGGAUCUGUUUGAUGUGGUGCAAGAGAAUGGAAGCAAGAUCUUCAUUACCACUCGAAAACUUGAUGUGCUUGACAGCAGAGGUGCAAUUAAAACCAAAAUGGGGCUUUUGGGAAAGGAAGACAGUUUGAAAUUGUUCACAGUCCAUGCGUACCCAAACCAAAAAUAUGCUCAGAAUCAAGUCAAGAAGAUAGUAAUGGAGCAAGUUGUGGAGAAGUGUGGGGGGCUUCCACUGGUGUUGAAGGUAAUUGGCAGAAGAAUGGCAGGCAAACAAGAUUGGGACUUUGUUUUGGGAAAACUCAAUGAUCAACAACUUGCUACUCUUGAUGAGGAACAACAGGUAUUGCAGCGACUUAAGCUGGGGUAUGAUGCAUUGUUACCUCUUGGCAUCCAGCAGCACUUUCUCUUCUUUGCUGCAUUUCCAGAAGACAGGCAAAUUGGAUUCUGGGAUCUAUUCAAGUGUUGGAAAGGGGAAGGGCUGGUUGCCAACGCAGCAGAGGCCGUGAAUGUUUUAGAAAGGCUCAAGAAUCACGCACUUAUCACUGACGAAGAAGACUCUCCAGGUGGACGGUGGCUGGGGGAUAAGAGGUACAGGAUUCACGAUGCGUUAUUGGCUCUUGCUUUGCACAUAUUGGAACAAGAAGGCCCCAAGUGUUACUUCAAGGUUGGCUGCUCGAAUGCUUGGGAUGGCUUCACAAGUAACUACAGCAAGAUUUCACUGGUAGGGUGUCGUCUACCUAUAGGGAAGAACAGGGUCACAGUUUCAAGCACCACUUGCAUGCUCCUGGAUCAAAAUUAUUUCCAUCUUACUUCAUUGCCAAGCCUCUCUCUUUUCAAAAGCUUGAAGGUUUUGUGCUUGAGUCGCAGUGGAGUGGUAACCCUACCACAUAGCAUUGGAAAGCUCAAGAAUUUACAGACUCUAGACUUGUCUUGGAAUACAUCACUCCAAAGCAUUCCAGAUUCGCUGGGAAAGUUGACCAACUUGUCAUAUCUGGACUUGGGGAAUUGUCGGACACUCGAGACUUUCCCCGUGGAUGCUUUGCUCAAACUCACCAACCUGGUCUAUAUAAAUGGAGAGAACAACUUUGCAAUGUGGACUUGCCACAGGUUGCAUCAUCGACUUUUCAAACAUAAGAAAUGCUUAAACAGGAGGUUUGGUCUCCAUCUAGAUGGAAUGUUUCAGGCAUUGACAAAGUUGGAAGUGUUGAUUAUUCAUACAAUGUUAGCUGUGGAGCUACCUGCAAGCAUAGGCGAACUGUCCAAUUUAAAAGAGCUGGAAAUAAGGGGUCAGACGAGGGUAACAUAUGACAGCUUUCAAUGCUUGACCAACCUUGAAAGUGUGAAACUGCAGGAAUUGGAUCUUCCAUUGUCAGACUGGGAUUGGAGCAGAUUUCCAAGGUUGAGAACUUUGGAAGUGGGAGGCUUAAAUGGGGAAUGUGAGUUUAAAGUAACCUCCAGCAUGGAGAACUUGCAAACCUUGGUUAUAGGUUGGAAUCACCACCUUGAGUGCCUUCCUUUCUUAACACAGGAAAUGCUUCCCAUGCUGACAAGCCUCUCCCUUUCGAAUUGUGAAAAUUUGACUGAGGUGCUUACCAUUUCUCAAUUGGCAUCACUAAAGGACCUCAGCAUCUGGAUGUGUCCAUCCUUGAAGGACUUGCCUAUCUCGUUCCUUCCAAAUCUAGAUACACUUUAUCUAAGUUCUUGCGACAAAGUGACCACACUCAACAUAUCCGAGUGCCCAUCACUGAGACGUGUUAAAAUCGAUAGCUUCGGCAUGCUUGCCUGUGUUGCAUUUGGUGGCAAGUUCCCACGACUUCAAGAAAUAUUCCUCGAAGGAUUUGAAAAUCUCCCACAUGUCUCUCUAGGUGCCAUGGAUGCGUUCCCACAGCUGACACGGUUGGAAAUAGAGAGCUGUGGUAUUCACCAGCUACCAGAAUGGUACACUUCAUUCACAAAGUUGAGAGCUCUGAAUUUAAGGCAUCUGGAAAAUUUGGAUGUGAUACCUGAUGGUGUUGCAAGGCUUCCUUUGCUAAGAGAGCUUGAUCUGAUGGGUUGCAGGAAGAUCAGCAUGUUACCCUCUGCAGAUUCUGAGGACAGCUCCUUUUAUCCAUCCUUGGAGUACUUAACCUUGACUGGCACGUCUGUCUCUCAGGAGCACCUCUCGCAACGCCUUCUAAAAGUUGUACGAAAUGGACAGAAGUUACCAGAUAAUAUCGAUGACUUUGCUUGAAGUUUAUGAAAGUUGACAGUGUGUCAUCUAUGGUGUAGAGGGCGAUCCAAAGAGUCUGGAAAUCCAGCGAUCAUGACAUAUGGAACACAUUCCCCAGGCCGUAGCUGUGAUGCUUUCUCCGCCGCCAAGGCACCUAGGCCGGGAUCGUUGUGAAUCUUGCACGCAUUCAGCAGUGCAAUCCACAUAGAAUCGAUGGGCAAGCACGGCAUCCUCUCAGCCAAAUCUUCGAUUUCCUGGAGCAAUCCCGCGCGGCCGAGCAUGUCCGCAACGCAACUAUAGUGCAUGGGCGAUGGAGUGAGAGAGUGAUCCACCGCCAUAGCCGCAAAGUAGUCCAGGCCCAACCGGAUCAGCCCACCAUGGCUACACGCGCUCAGCAGCGUCGUGAACAUCGCCCCAUCCGGUUCUAUGCGUCCUUCCAGUUCCAAGGUCCGGAACAGGUGGACUGCCUCAAGUGGGUAUCCAUUCCUCGAGUAUGCCUCCAUGAGAACCGUGCAUGGCUCUAAGUGUCUCUCAGGGAGAUUCUCUAGCACGGCUCUUGCUCUGGAAAGAUUCCCCGCUUUUCCAUAGCCUUCGAUCACGGCCGUUGCCGAGAGUGAAUCGUAGCGUGGCAGUUUUGCCAGCAUUGCCUGGGCUACUGACGGAUGCCCGCUUUGGGCAUAUGCCUGGAGGAGGAUUGUCCACGAGACAAUGUCUCUGGCGUGCAUUCCAUCGAAGAUGUGUUUUAGCUCGUGAAGAUUUUGGGUCUGUGAUUUUGAGCAAGCUGUGACGAUGGCGUUGCAUGAGACGAGAUCGUGCUGCGGCAUUUUGUCGAAUACAAUGCGUGCGUUUUUAUAAUCCCCUCCCUGGUCAUACGCUGUUAGUAACGCCGUCAUGGAGAUUAUGGAUCGCUCUCUCAUCUUUUCAAACACGAACUUUGCCUGUGUGGCCAUGGCGGCUUGGCUGUAGGCGUGGAGCAGUGGAUUCAUCGCCGAAGAGCCCAGCAUUGGCAUUUUGUCUAGAAUUUCUGACGCUGUUUCUAAAUGCCCAUUAAAGGCAUUUGCAGAAACCAGAGCAUUCCAAGCCACGGAGUCCUUCGUUUGCAUACCGUCAAAAACUUUUAUUGC